CACCGUCGAACAAAAACGCGGAAACAAAAGAAAUAAGCAGUUUGUCAUAACAAAUAAGACCGGUUCGGCACAAAGUGAGCUUAUCUGUAGCUGACAGCUGUCCAAGUUAACACGGUAGCUUCGCUUAACAUAUCUGAAAGACUUGCCAUGGCCCUAAAAAGAAUAAAGAAGGAGUUACAAGACUUGGGGAAGGAUCCUCCAGCUUCAUGUUCAGCUGGACCUGUAGGGGAUGACUUGUUUCACUGGCAAGCUACCAUCACUGGACCGAAUGACAGCCCAUAUCAUGGAGGAGUAUUCUUCCUUUCUGUCCAUUUUCCCACUGACUAUCCCUUUAAACCACCAAAGCUUGCCUUUACAACGAAAAUUUACCACCCAAACAUCAACAGCAAUGGUAGCAUCUGCCUUGACAUCUUGAGGUCGCAGUGGUCGCCUGCUCUUACAGUUUCAAAAGUUUUAUUAUCCAUAUGCUCCUUGCUAUGUGACCCAAAUCCAGAUGAUCCACUAGUCCCAGACAUUGCGCACAUCUACAAAUCGGACCGACCAAGGUACAACAAAGUAGCCAGAGAAUGGACUGAGAGGUAUGCAAUGUGAGGAACUGGAGUUUCAGCAACAAUGACGCAUCCCCGAACACCUCAAAAUAUGACAGUACUGUUUCAACAGCUCAUCCACUGGUUCUAGUUGAGGUGUUUUAUUCGCUUGAAGCACUUUCUCUACUUGGACUUUACUUGACUUAAACUGUUUUUACUGUUUAUCUUAUUUGCCCCUUAAAUUUGCGUCAUUAUUAUAAUUUGUUGUGGUGAGAUGGCCUGAUUCUGCUUUUCUUUUAAGAGAUUUAUAUUGUACAAGACCUUACUGGAUUUAUUUUUCAUUAUUUUGCAUUAAAGACAAUAAUCGUUA